AUGGACAAAGCUUAUUCCCUUUGGCUUGCAGCCUUGGUGGUACUGUUGCAUUUUGCCCCAACUUCGGUUUGUGUCCAAGUUUUUUCCGCAGGCAAUACUCGUGAUCUGGAUGCUCCUCUUGCCUUGAAGGCAACCGUAUUCGAUCCCGAGAGGAUCCUCCCAACCAACUGGUCCAGUUCUGCCUCUGUGUGCAGCUGGAUCGGAAUCACUUGUAAUACUCGCCAUCAGAGAGUGGCAGCCAUUGACCUGCCGAACAUGGGCCUAAUCGGCACCAUACCUCCCCAACUUGAAAAUCUUUCUUUCUUGGUCCGGCUGAAUUUGCCAAAUAAUAGCUUUCACGGAAGACCUUCACCGGAUCUGUCUAAUUUGCGCCGAUUGAGAUACAUUAGCUUGGCAGGUGUGCUUUUCAACGCAACAAAGUUGCAGACUAUCCUGUUGCCGAACAACUCAAUAACGGGACAUAUUCCUGACGAGUUCAGCUCUCUUGAGAAAUUGAUCGGGCUGAACUUGGAUUUUAACCAACUUACAGGCUCUCUGCCCAAGUCUUUGGUUAACCUCUCGUCACUGCAGAAACUUGGUGUUUCGAGCAAUAGCUUAUCUGGUUCCCUUCCGAGGGAUAUCUGCAAGAAACAUGUCUCUCAACUCCAAGGGCUUUAUUUAUCAUACAAUCAACUUCAAGGCGAAAUUCCUUCUGGUAUUGGAGAAUGUUCAAGGCUUCAAAAUUUGUCCUUAUCCUACAACAAAUUCAAUGGAUCGUUACCCAAAGAAUUUUGGAAUCUAACUGCGCUUGAGGGGAUCCGUCUUGGUAACACCUAUCUUGAAGGUCCAAUUGUAGACGAUAUUCAUAAUCUUCAAAAUUUGAGGAUUCUUCACUUAGCCAAUACUGACAUGACCAGUUUGCUACCUCAGGCGAUUGGUUAUCUUACCAAGUUAGAGGCUCUAGUACUAGAUGAAAACAAGUUUACAGGUCCCAUUCCCGUUAGGCUAUUCAAUAUUUCAUCACUGCAAACAUUAUCGAUGGUAGAAAAUAAUCUCUGGGGCAAUUUGCCGUCAACUUUGGGCGUUAUGUUGCCGAAUCUUGAAGAUCUUUUUAUUGGGGGAAACAGACUAAGUGGGAUGAUAUUAACAUCUAUCUCAAAUGCUUCAAGUCUCGUAGAUUUAGAUGUCGGUUCUAACCAAUUUAAUGGUCCAAUUCCUCAUUCUCUUGGUGGCUUAAGAUUCCUAGAAGUCUUAGCUCUUGGAGAUAAUAGUUUCUCUUAUGAAUCUCAUUCCGGAGAGUUAAGCUUCCUGACUUCCCUAUCAAAUUGCAGAUAUCUAAAGCAGUUAUGGUUAAGUCUGAAUCCUUUGAAUGGCUUCCUUCCAAUUUCUAUUGGAAAUCUUUCAAGCACUCUCGAAUCCUUUUAUUUAGAUAGUAGUGGAAUUAUUGGCCAUAUUCCAAGUUCCAUUGGAAACUUAAGCAACUUGGCAGACCUCAAUUUGUCUGGAAAUGCCUUGGAAGGGACCAUUCCAAGAACUAUUGGAGGGUUACUGAACCUUCAGAGAGUUGAGCUUGGGUAUAACAAAAUAGAGGGACCUUUUCCACGUCAGUUCUGUCAUCUAUUCAACCUAGGCCUUUUAAGUUUGAAAAGUAAUAUGGUCUCUGGUAUGCUUCCUAGUUGCAUAGAGAACAUGACUUCCCUAAGAUAUCUUUAUCUGGACUCCAACAAUUUAACUUCUAUUGUGCCCUCAAGCUUGUGGAGAGUUGGGGAUAUAUUGGAGCUCAAUUGGUCCAAAAAUUCUUUUAGCAGUUCUUUGUCCUCAGAAAUUGGAAAUUUGAAGGAGCUAAUCAUGAUGGACCUAUCUGUUAAUGACUUUUAUGGAGAUAUCCCUACAGCCAUAGGAGUACUAGAGAAGUUACAGACACUAUCCUUGAAACAUAACAGGAUACAAGGAUUUAUUCCGGAUUCCAUGAAGAAUAUGUUGGAGUUACAGUAUUUGGACUUCUCAUUUAACAAUUUGGCUGGUGAAAUUCCCAAGUCACUGGAAGCACUCUCAAAUCUUGUAUACUUUAAUGUGUCUUUCAACAGACUCAGAGGACCAAUUCCACAUGGAGGAAAAUUUGCCAACUUUACAGAACUAUUUUUCUCUCAAAUGAAGCUUUGUGUGAUGCUUCUUGGCUCCAACCUUGUCAAACUUUUGAACAUAGAUCAAAGAAAAAGAUUUUCUUGCCUGUAUUGUUGGCACUUGGAUCAGCAAUCUUAG